CAUAUUUUACAUCCCUCGGUUCAUUUGGAUGUUUAACAAUUUUUAUACUGAAUUGGGAAGCUAUCUAGCGACGAACAGAUCGAACUAACUUUAGCGUUUCGUCAGCGCCCUCGGUGGAAAAACGUCCAAGUUUGUAGCACAAUAGUUUCCUCUUUUGGUAAUAAAUAUCACCAGCUAACUGGUUUGAUUGUUUUUCGUGUUUUAUUGUUAAUGUAACCUUUAGUCAAGAAAGAAAAUGCAUAAUGCAAUACGAUAAGCUCAUAAGUUUACGUAUAGAUAUAUCGCGAAAAUUAAUAUUAUUUUACCGAUGUUCAUCAUACUGUGUAGAUAAAAUAUUAGUUGCGCCAUCUAGUAAAAGAAAGAGAAACUAUUACUUCACGACAAACUUGGGCGUUCUACCGUAGAUGGCGCUGUCAAAAGGCUUGAAGUUAGUUUAAUGUAACGAUACAUGAAACUACCUUCAGAAUUGUUUAAAAAUUGAUUAUGUCACGCGAUCCAGGAAUACUAUGUUUCCGACAUUGUUGCAACAAAAGUAUAUUUUGCAAAAGUGUUCCAAAGAUAUGUCCAAUUUGUCAAUCGUCUAUUGCGAAUUAUAAUACAGAACCAUUUUUGAUUCCGUAUCCAUAUACAAAUGCUAUCUAUCAACCAGCUGCUGUAGUUGUUAGACCAUCACAGGGCAACUUUCUAAACGAGUAUUCUAUUCUUAACGAUUUGCAUAUAGGAAUCACAAAUUCUCAAGGAAUUGUCCAUGAGUACGACAAGCAAGGUAUAAUAAUAAACGAUCAUUCCAAAUGGACAGAUUGCAUUGCACUAAAGAUAACUCCUAUAUGUUGGGAUUAUCACUGGGAUGAAACACUUCAAGCCAUACUAAAGGAUAAUAAAUGGAGAUCUGACAACUAUGAUGAAGUUACAAUGAACUGUUUUAAUUUUGUCAUAGAAUUCAUAAAUAAUUUGCAAUAUAUGAAUAUGAUAUUCAUAAGCAAAGAGAAUAUGUGCGACAAACUGAUAUUGGCAAAAAUUCAAGAAGCAGUUAAAUAUAAUUCUGUGUUCAAAAGCUUAGAACAUAAUGACUACUUUAUAACAUAAAAACUUCAUGAAAUAUUAAAAGUGUAUUUUGUACAUAUGAAAUCAAAUUUUUGUAAUCUACUGGAAUAUAUUUGAAAACCGUU